CAACUCCGGAAGUGUUUCCUUUACCGGAAGUUCUAAUGUGACCAAGAAAGAUGGCGGGGGGUUCUGCAAUGGAGCUGCUCUUUUUAGAUACGUUCAAGCAUCAAAGUGCAGAGUUGACAAAUGUGGACGUUGUGCGGUUUCCUUACGGUGUCUUGAUCACAGAAGUGCGAGUUAUUCCCCCUGGCAUCAAAGCACACAGCAACUUGCCUGACAGCAGAGCAUUUGGGGAAACGGCCCCUCACGCAUUCCAGUUGGACCUGUUCUUCAACAAUGUGUCCAAACCCAACGCCCCGGUGUUUGACAGGCUGGGCAGCCUUGAGUACGAUGAGAACAAAUCAAUCAUCUUCAGGCCUAACGGGAAGAUAAACACAGAUGGGUUGGUCCUGCGUGGAUGGUACACAUGCCUGACGUUGGCAGUGUAUGGCACAGCAGAGCGCCCCCACAGCCACGAGCGGGACUCUCCGCCACCUCCUCCUCCCCCUCUGCCCCAACAGCAGCAGCUGGGAUCCAAGAGGAUCAUUAAGCCUGAGUGGGAGAAUGAAGAACAGUUUAACGGCAGCCCACCCAGACCACAACCCAGAGGGCCACGGACCCCACCAGGACCACCACCUCCAGACGAUGAUGACGAGGAGGCACUACCUGCACCUGGUCAAUUGUUUUACAUAUUGACAAAUGUGGAUGUUGUGCGGUUUCCUUACGGUGUCUUGAUCACAGAAGUGCGAGUUAUUCCCCCUGGCAUCAAAGCACACAGCAACUUGCCUGACAGCAGAGCAUUUGGGGAAACGGCCCCUCACGCAUUCCAGUUGGACCUGUUCUUCAACAAUGUGUCCAAACCCAACGCCCCGGUGUUUGACAGGCUGGGCAGCCUUGAGUACGAUGAGAACAAAUCAAUCAUCUUCAGGCCUAACGGGAAGAUAAACACAGAUGGGUUGGUCCUGCGUGGAUGGUACACAUGCCUGACGUUGGCAGUGUAUGGCACAGCAGAGCGCCCCCACAGCCACGAGCGGGACUCUCCGCCACCUCCUCCUCCCCCUCUGCCCCAACAGCAGCAGCUGGGAUCCAAGAGGAUCAUUAAGCCUGAGUGGGAGAAUGAAGAACAGUUUAACGGCAGCCCACCCAGACCACAACCCAGAGGGCCACGGACCCCACCAGGACCACCACCUCCAGACGAUGAUGACGAGGAGGCACUACCUGCACCUGGUCAAUGUCUAGUAAAGGUGGAGAACACAGAAAAAGGUGAUGAUUACCUGGAGCCUGUCUCACCUGAACGAGGGUCUCUUCCUGCUGAUGAGAAUUUCUCGGACGCAGAGGAGGAGGAUGACGAGGGUCCGGCUGAUGAUGAGGAGGAUGAGGAUGUGCAGUCCGAGGGAAGCGAGGGCGUGGAAGAUGAUGAAGAAGAUGAAGUGGGUGAUGAAGUGACGGAUGAAGAUGGAGAAGGUGAUGAUGGAUAUGAGCAGAUAUCCAGUGAUGAGGAGGAUUUGGAGAGUGGGGCUUUCAAGCUGCCUGCCUUUGACCUGGACUAUACAUCUGAGGAUCUUGCAUCACUACCGACUGUUCAGUAUGAUCCAUACGAGCGUGAACUCCGACCCCUCCAGCACUUCACGCCUCCACACAUCACCCGCUAUAAUGCGGAGCUAAAACACCUUAAAACGGUAGACAUCCAGGACUCAAGCUCCGUGUGGGCGGAGUCUGCAGCUAAACUCUCAGAACUGUUGGAUGCUUGGGGAGAGGGGCAGGGGGCAGAGCGAGGGGCAGGCUGGGUAACUGCCUUAGAGGAGAUCCCUGCCUUUCUACUAAAAGGGAUGAGCUUCCUGUCUAUUAAGGACCCUGAUGGGCUUUGUGAGAAGUUGAAGCAGUUGGUCGACUGGAGCUGUGAAGCUGUUAAUUUGGACUUUGCCCUGGCACAGCCCAUAGCGCUGAACUUACGCCAGCUCAAAGCUGGAACCAAACUGGCCUCUGCCUUGGCCGACUGUGGUGCCCAGGCUGUGCAGAAUCUGCUGGAGAAAGGGAUUGUUGGCAGCCUCCUAGGCUUGCUGUUUGCAGAACACGUUUCAUCCACUCUGAAACUCAACGUGCUGCGUUCCCUCGACAGCAUCAUCAGUGAGCCACAGGGUAUCGAGGCCCUGCUCAGAGACCGUCACCAUGACAAUGAUGGAAAAAGUGGGUACCAGCGUCUGCUGGAUUUGUUUCUAUUGGACCAGACUGUGCGUGUCGCAACAGCAGGCGCAGCCAUUUUACAUAAGGGACAUUUUUAUGAGGUUUUGACUGACCUGCAGAGGACAGCCAGCAUUUGGGCUGAAAGCCAUUCCACAGUGGGGGAGGUUGGUGAGCGAGAGGGUAGUGAGAGCGAGAGAGAACGAGAAAGCAAUGAGAGGGAAGGAAAUGAGAGAGAGAGGGAAACCCAUGAGGUAGAGCGGGAAAGCCCAGUGGACAUUGCUGGAAUCUUGCUGGAAUCUGCCUCUUUGUCAGAAGGUGACCUGGAAAGGCUGCAAGGUCUCCUGGAAGAACUGCUCCACCUGCUGGAGACAGCACCUCACUGUAUGGUACAGCCUCCUGGGAAAGCUUUUCCCACCAAUGCCCGGAUCACUGGGCCACCAGAACGCGAUGAUCCCUAUCCAACAUUGUACAGAUACAUGCAUGCUUGUCACCUUCUGGAAUCCCUGGCAGUUGUCCUGUCGUAUCCGGCUACAUGUGCCAACAUCGGAGUCCUGCAGGCUCUCAGAGAACUGAUGCGUUUCCUGUCACAGUCUCAGCAGGGUCUCCUCUUUCUCCUUAGCCAACACGAAACCACCAAUUUGCUGCUUCGUCUCCUCACACCCCUUACUCACCUGACUCCACCCUCUCACUUGGCUCCGCUGACGCCCCUUUCAGAGGGUGAGGGUGAAGAUACUCCUGCCGGUGGAGAGGGUUAUGUGAAGCCAGUAAUCAACAGAUACAUAUUGGAGAAAUGCCUCCUGUCGUAUCCGGCUACAUGUGCCAACAUCGGAGUCCUGCAGGCUCUCAGAGAACUGAUGCGUUUCCUGUCACAGUCUCAGCAGGGUCUCCUCUUUCUCCUUAGCCAACACGAAACCACCAAUUUGCUGCUUCGUCUCCUCACACCCCUUACUCACCUGACUCCACCCUCUCACUUGGCUCCGCUGACGCCCCUUUCAGAGGGUGAGGGUGAAGAUACUCCUGCCGGUGGAGAGGGUUCCAUGGAUGAUGGUUUUUGGGUGUGGCUUAUGCAGACUCUACAUGCACUCCAGGGUGUUGCUGAGCUGAACGGGGCAGAACUUGAAGAUGGCGAUAAUCCAGAUGUUUUGGCAACCCUUUACAGCCUGUAUCUCAUUAGCUUUAGCAGCACAGGCCGAAAUGCUGUCGCGCAUGCUUUUAGCUUGGAUAAUAACCUCAGCUGUCUGGUCAACCUGGUAGAGUUCCAUGCCAAAGAGGGCCAAGGGGAAGGAAAAGCAAGGAAGUCUGUUACAUAUAACUAUGCCUGUAUGCUUGUACUGCUGGUGAUUCAGACGUCAGGUGAUCUCCGGAUGAUGGAGCACUAUGCUGCUCCAUUACUUAAUGUUUGCAAAGCUGAUGAAAACAAUGCCAAGCUUCAAGAGCUGUCUAAGUGGUUGGAGCCACUUGAAAAAUUGCAUUUUGAUAUCAGUGGCAUUCCUACGCUUAUUGACUGCAUAAAGCAGAAUCUGGAGAACUUGAUGACAGCAGAUGGGGUGGGUCUUGUAACUGCUCUCAGAGUAUUGUGCCACGUUGCCUGCCCUCCAACUACUGUGCCAGGUCAGCAGAAGGACUUGAAGUGGAACCAGGCCAUCAUAGCCCUCUUCAGUGCAGAGGGCAUGGACACGUUUAUUAAAGUCCUCCAGAAGCUUACAUCACUACUGCUGCUGCCAUGGCGACUACAUGGUCCAAUGAUGAGGGACUUGUUGAUGCAGAGACUCAUGAUGCUGUCAGUGGCUUCCUGCUCGCUGAGACUCAUCCAAGCCAUGCUGAAAGAGCUGCUGUGCGGGGGAACCUGUGAGUUUCGUGACGUGCGUGUGCCCUCCGUCUGUGUCGCCCUUCACAAGAUCCUUUGCUCCACCCCAACAACCGGUCGGCUGGAUGCAGAGGAGCUGCGUAUUCAGGGAGACGUGACUGAGAUGCUGUUAACAUUCACACAUGCAGUUAGUGAACAGGAGACGGGUUCAGAGGAGACUGUGGCUGGAAACAGCUGGUCUCUGAUGUUGAAGGAAGUGCUGAACUCUAUACUGGCUGCUCCAGAGAACAUCUACAGCAGCCUUAGUCUGCUGUCAGAACUGCUUCCUCUACCUCUGCCCAUGCAGACCACUCAGGCACUAUCCGUGCAAGGCGUCGGGGUUGCAAUGAACACACGAAAGUUGUGGAGUGUGCACUUACAUGCUCAGGCUCAAGUAUUACAGGAAGUGCUGAGGUGCGUAUGUGUCAGCAGCUGUCCGCCGCUACUCUCCAUGCUUCGCCGUGUGUGCAUACAGCUCUGUGAUCUUGCUGCACCCACUGCGACUCUGGUUAUGAGGACAUUGCUGGAGCAGCUGCAGGAGGAAAUGCAACAGGAGGCAGCUGGCUCACACUUGAUAAGGUUACUAGCCCUCCUCGACUCGCUGGCAUCUCAACGGGCUUGCAAAUCAGCCAUGUUGGCUCUACUGGGUGGAUCUGCACGCAAUGAGGGCCGCUGUGAUGGGAAAGUGGAGGACAAACUGUCAGACCUUUUUCCCUCGCUGGUUGCCAUGCUUGUCCUACCUGCAGAUGCUGCGCUGUCAGCACAGCAGAACGCUGAAUUGACAGCUUCCAUCCUUCAGUCACUGUGUGACCAGGAUGUGUCACUGGUUGUGAGCGGCUCGGGUGAAGCCUCAGUGUCUGAGGCAGAGCAGCUGGCCAACGCACUACCGACCAGAGACAUGAUGACGUGCAUAUGUGACGGGAUGCUGGAAGUGUUAGGAAAUACACACAGCAGCUACACGCUCCAGCUCACAUGUCUGCGAACCAUGAUGUUUCUCACUGAGCACGACUACGGUCUCUAUCACCUGAAAAGCUCUCUGAAGAGAAACAGCUCGGCCAUUUCCUCUCUGAUCCGCCGGGAAACCAUAUCCUUUAACAAAGAGUUAACUGAGCUCCUUUCAGCCCUCUUUGACUUUUUGAGACAGAUUGUGAACAGUGAAAAUAUGGAUGAAGACAUAGACAGUCGCUCUUUGGCUCUUAGUGUAAGUGACAUGAAGCAGCUGCUGCAGUGGAAGGAGGACUCGGGGGAGCAUCCGUUAUCAGAACUGGAGAAACACAUUAUGAAGCUCUGUAAGGAGGAUGAGUCUUUAGAGACUCUGCUCGAGAAUGUGGCUGGACUGCGACAGAUUAUUGAAAGUUCUGGAGAUGCCCCAGCUAAUGCAGAGCCUGAAACGGAGCCCACUCUACCUGCACCAGAGCCCCUCCAGACACAGUUCAACCACAGGACGGUUUUUGUACUCUCGGAUGUUCUGGAUGAGCAGUUAAAGGCCCUCUGGUUCUCUCCAUUCCAGUCAGAUGAGAUGGAGACAGAUGUUGACAUGGUGAAAGUAGACCUAGUUGCACUGGCCCAGCAGUGUUGCCCAGACUUGGACCUGAAGGCGGAGUUAGAACGUUCGUUCCUCAGUGAACCCGCUUCCCCAGGACACAGCAAACCACCCAAAGGCUUCAGACUGGGCAAACACAAACAUGAGACCUUCAUCACGUCCAGUGGGAAUUCAGACUAUGUGCAGCCUGCGAAACGAGCUCAUUUCAUGGCAGCCCCUCGGGGUCGGGGGCGUGGUGCGUUUGGCCAGCUCUCUCGACCGCAUGACAUUUUCCGUCAGCGCAAGCAGAACACCAGUCGGCCUCCAUCCAUGCAUGUAGAUGAUUUCCUUGCUGCAGAAUACAAGGACGUGGGUCAGCCCACUGACCUAGCCCUGCCCAAACGCCCACCAAAAGGAGGAGGAGCCAAGCCACCGACUAGAGGCUUGUUUACUGGAGGAAACAGAGGGAGGGGCUUCCAGAGUCACACCCGCUUCUUCACUCCACCAGCCCCCAAGAGUGUUCUGCUUGCUGGUAACUACCCUCGUCGUGAGGGUGGUCGUGGAUCCACUUGGAGCACGCCAGUGACAGCUGACACUCAUAGAGGGACUUACAGUGAACCUCGUGGAGGGCAAAGCAACUUCGCCCGACCAUUACCCUCCAGACAGCCACCUACAGAUGCUUAA